AUGAGCCUGAACCGAUCCACCUCUGCCACAAAUAACCUUCAGAGGUUCAUCAUGGGGUUGAGCCAAACCUCCAGCAUCACUCCAGACAUCAGUUUGCUGGCGGCAGCUGUGGCAAGCAACCAGCCCAACACCUCCGGCACCUCACCCACCUCGUCACUUCCUCUAUCUUCAUGUAGCAUCGAUGAAUCCUACAAGUACGUCUUCCUACCCGUCUGCUACUCGCUGACCUUCCUUUUUAGCCUCAUCCUCAACUCAGUAGUGCUGCUGCGCUCCUGUUGCCAUCAUGGCGCCGGUUGCAGUGGCGCCGGGCGACGCUGGAACACGUCGCUGAUCUACCUGGUGAACCUGGCCACUACAGACCUGAUGUACGGCCUGUCACUGCCCUUCCUGGUGGCGAGUUAUGUGCUGAGGGACCACUGGGUGUUUGGGGACUUUAUGUGCCGCCUCGUACGCUUUCUCUUCUACUUCAACCUCUACUGCUCCAUCUUCUUCCUCACCUGCAUCUCUGUGCACAGAUACCUGGGGAUCUGCCAUCCAAUGAGGACCAUCACUCUGGAGAGUAAGCGCGUGGUGAAGGGCAUCUGUGCGUUGGUUUGGGUGGUGGUUUUCAUUCUCACCUGCCCCAUCUUCAGGUUCGCCCAGACAGGAUAUGUCAGGCGUAGAGGUGGUGGGGCUGCUGAACCUGGAGAAGGGAGGGAUGAUGGGAACAUGACUGGGGACCAGGAGGGGGAGAGAUACGUGAACUGCUGGGAUGAUGCCAUAGACAAAGAGUUUGCAGACUAUGUCCCAUAUGGCAUUGUUCUGCACCUUCUGGGCUUCUUUGUGCCCUUUGUCAUCAUUGCCUGGUGCUACUCCCACGUAGUCCGAACAAUAUUUCAGACCCUCCGCUCCCCCCCCAGUUCAGUAGAGGGUGGUGAAGAUGGCCCGGUGGGUGACGGGACUAUGGAAGGAGUUCAACGGCGCGAGAGAACCUCUGUCUCCAUUUCUGGCUCACAGUACUCACACUACAUCCGCCGGCGGCGGAAAUCCAUUAAAACCAUUGUUACCAUCACACUGCUGUUUGCGCUCUGCUUCUUACCCUUCCAUGUGACCCGUACACUCUUCCUGCUCCUACGGCGGGGACAGCUUGGUGGCUGCAAUGCCAUGAAAGCUGUCUCCAUCUGCUACAAGGUCACCAGACCGCUGGCCUCCUGCAACGCCUGGCUCAAUGCCCUGCUCUACUUCCUCACAGGUGAUAAAGGCGGCCCCAGCUGUUGGCCAGGAGAGCGCACCAUCCAUCGAGACCCCCGGAGCGGCUCCCUCUGGUGGCCGCUGAAGAUCCUCAAAAAAGAUGGGGUCGGGGAGGACGAUCACGAUGUGGCCGAGAGGGUUGAAAGGGAAGUGCACUUAGAGAAUGAGUCCAAGUCCUCCAGAGUCAUCUUCUAA